AUGGAUUCCCCUGCUCAUCUAAAGCAGUUGGAUGAUGACAGUGUCUCCGUCAUCAGGGUCUUGGAAAUGGCCCAAGUUCUUGCAAGGGGGGACACCGCGUCUACUGUUGCCCUGAAGAAGGCUGAAUUGGGCGGGAAAGCUGCCGAGGAAAAGCUUAGCAAGGAGGAGUCGACUCUUAUGGCCUCCAAAGAAAAGCUGAAAAAGAGAGCCGAGGAGCUGGCAAAGAAAGGCGAGGAGAUUGAAGAGGAGAAGAAGAAACUGGCGGAUCUGCGGGCAGACUGGGAGCAUACUCCGGAUGAAUCUGAGGAUGUGGCUGGGUUGAAGACUUGGCGUGAGAUGGUCGAGAAGAUUGAGUCUCUCAAGCUCGAUUGUCUUGAUAUGGCAGAGGCGGGUUUCCGCCGAGCAGUCGAUCAUCUUAAGCUCCUAAACCCCGACCUGAGGACGGAUAAUAUCGGAAUAUUGUCGAAGAUUGUUGAUGGUCAAGUGGUGCCCGAGAUGCCGGUUGAAGAAGAAGAUAAUGAGUGA